CCCUCGGCCGUCUAUAAAAGGAGCCCCCCACGGAGAAGGAUUAGAGGUCGUGCGUCCACAGGGAGGGGAUUCGUUACAGAGAGAGAGAGAGAGAGAGAGAAGGGAAGCGGCGUUCGCUAGGGUUUCAGGUUUUAAGCUUAAAAAAACAAGAAGAAGAGAAAGAAAUGGAGGACACUUUCCUUUUCACAUCGGAGUCGGUCAACGAGGGCCACCCCGACAAGCUCUGCGACCAGAUCUCCGACGCUGUCCUCGACGCAUGCCUGGCCCAGGACCCCGACAGCAAGGUUGCGUGCGAGACCUGCACCAAGACCAACAUGGUCAUGGUGUUCGGCGAGAUCACCACCAAGGCCAACGUGGACUACGAGAAGAUCGUCCGCGACACGUGCCGCACCAUCGGCUUCGUCUCCGACGACGUGGGCCUCGACGCCGACCACUGCAAGGUGCUCGUCAACAUCGAGCAGCAGUCCCCCGACAUUGCCCAGGGCGUGCACGGCCACUUCACCAAGCGCCCCGAGGAGAUCGGCGCCGGUGACCAGGGCCACAUGUUCGGCUACGCCACUGACGAGACCCCUGAAUUCAUGCCCCUUAGCCAUGUUCUCGCCACCAAGCUCGGCGCCCGCCUCACCGAGGUCCGCAAGAACGGCACUUGCUCCUGGCUCCGCCCCGACGGCAAGACCCAGGUCACCGUCGAGUACCGCAACGACAAGGGAGCCAUGGUCCCCGUCCGCGUCCACACCGUCCUGAUCUCCACCCAGCACGACGAAACGGUGACAAACGACGAGAUCGCGGCGGACCUCAAGGAGCACGUGAUCAAGCCGGUGAUCCCCGAGCAGUACCUGGACGAGAAGACCAUCUUCCACCUGAACCCGUCAGGCCGCUUUGUGAUCGGCGGGCCCCACGGCGAGNGCCUGACAGGCCGCAAGAUCAUCAUCGACACCUACGGAGGGUGGGGCGCCCACGGUGGCGGCGCCUUCUCGGGCAAGGACCCCACCAAGGUGGACCGCAGCGGGGCCUACAUCGUCCGCCAGGCCGCCAAGAGCAUCGUGGCCAACGGGCUUGCGCGCCGCUGCCUCGUCCAGGUGUCGUACGCCAUCGGCGUGCCGGAGCCGCUCUCGGUGUUCGUCGAAACCUACGGCACGGGCAAGAUCCCCGACAAGGAGAUCCUGCAGAUCGUGAAGGAGAACUUCGACUUCAGGCCGGGGAUGAUCACCAUCAAUCUCGACCUGAAGAAGGGCGGGAACCGCUUCUUGAAGACGGCCGCGUACGGGCACUUCGGGAGGGACGACCCCGACUUCACCUGGGAGGUGGUCAAGCCCCUCAAGUGGGACAAGCCCGCCGCUUAAGCAAAGCAAAUUUUACUCGAUUCAUCUCCCUCUCUCCCUCUCUCUACAUCUAUUUCUUUGUCUGCUAGGUUAAGUUCAAUAACUACUGAAUUGCUAUUGCUAUUGCUGCUGCUGCUGCUGCUGCUGUUGCUGCAUCUGAGCUCUCUCGUUCUCUCUCUCUCUCUCUCUCUCACUCCUCUUCCUCGUCCUACUAUCUCGUCACUCUCAUUAGUGAUUAUGAUGAUUAUGCCCUGCAUCCUUUUCUAA